AUGGCUCAACAACCGCCGAGGCCGGUGAUGGUGGAACCUGCCCACCUCACCGAAUUUGCCUCGGCGCGAUACUUCGAGAAGCUCUCGCAGCAGAGCCAACAGCAAAACCAGCAGCAGGUAGACCAACAUGGCCCGGGGGGUCCGUCAUCAGCGGGCGCGCCCUUCAUCCUCCCGUUACGCGGCUUGAAGACGCCAGCCGCGGAAGAGGCCGCACAUCAACCCGAAUUGAAGAAGAAGAAGCGCUUGGGGAUAUCAUUCUUCCACAAACCGUCUCUCGUGGUCCCCAGCGAACCACAAGAGCAAACAAAACCCCUCGUUGGGGAGGCCUACCCACGGCCCAGUCUUCCCUUCGAUUCCCUCUUCCUCAAUCUCCCGACCGAGUUGCAAAUACAAGUCAUCGCCUCACUACCGCUCUCAGACAUCCUCAACAUGCGCCGCUGGUCUAGAGCAUUCCAUGCCAUCAUCACAGCAAAUGAGGGACCAAUCGCGAGAUAUCAUCUCGAUCACCAAAUACCAUCAUAUGCCAAGAGGCUAUAUCCGCCGCCGGAUCCUUCCAGUCUCAGUCUUCAUUACGUAUGCGGCCUGUGGCACCGGUUACAUAUCGCCGCCAAACUCUCAUCCUUUAUCUGCGAAUGGGUUACGAAAGAAAUCUUCUUGAGGACAACGGAAACACAAAGGUUAGAGUUCGCGCCGCAAAGAGAAAGAAUGAGGCGCCGGUUGAUUCCUUUACUGUUCACCAUUUACCAUUUCUUUGAGACGUACCGGGCACGCCACAUCCAGUUCUUGCAAGAGCAUAAUGGCAAGGGCCUGCUACACACGCCUUACACCCUGAACCCGAUCGAGGCCGAGGUGAUGAGCAUGUACGACGACAGGACACUACUGCAGGUGCACCAGGUUUUCCCACUCGUCGUUGCCUCUUUCUGUCGUCGGUUACGACCGCCCUCGUACGUCGGAAGGGUGGAGCGAACGGUGCGAGGUUAUCUGAAGGAGAAGCCGGCAGACGAGAUUCACGUUGCAGCGCUGUGCAUCGGUGGCCUGCGACAGGUUGAACGAUUCUGGGAGAUCAAGGGAUACAACUGUCGACGAGGCGAGGUGGAUAGGUGGUACAACUCUAUCAUCACCACCAGUAGGGCACCGCUUAUGGAAGUACCGCAGCCGACUUUGAAACCUAGGAGAGGUCUGAUGGGAUUGGGGAGGAAGAAGUCGUCGCUGACGAUUCGGGAGGCCGCAAAGGCCUCCUCUGGCGACGUUGUCAACGGCACCCGCGAAUCUAUGGAGUCGAAUCUCGAGCGUCGGAACAGCGUCAUCUGGAGCAGCAGCCUGUCGCAGGGCAUGCCCAUGGGCCCUCUUCCGCAGGAGACUCUCGACCUUCUCGUACCGGAUCUGCCCGUCCUCCAGCAAAUGUGGCUGACCACGGCCGAGGCACUGAUCCUGGAGAGGAAGAUCGUGGAGCGACCUGCCGACAUCAAGAAGAACGCCCAGGUCAUGCUCGACCUCAUUCGUGAGGACGGCAUUGCCGACGAAGAUGAGUGGUGGUACGGCCAAGGCGAUUCGCCUUCGGUCCGGCCGCCCUUGGAUGCUAUCGACGAAGACCCCAUUGAGGAUUAG